AUUGAUAUAGAUUUUGAACAGACGUUGACUGUCGUGGGUGUCGAAUGUUGAUUUGUUAUUGAUUACUAUUAAUUUCAUGAAAUUCUAAUUUAAAAACCAUCGAGAUGGUUAUAUAUGGUGUUUAUAUUGUCAGCAAGUCUGGUGGUCUUAUAUUUAACUAUGACCACAAUAUUCCCCGUGUGGAAGCAGAAAAAACCUUUGGGUUUCCCUUGGACAUCAAGUUACAGUAUGAAAAUAAGAAAGUUAUUGUUGCUUUUGGGCAACGAGACGGUAUAAAUGUGGGACACGUCCUGCUAUCUGUAAACGGCACGCCAGUGAAUGGUCGCACCACUGAGGAUGGCAGAGACGUCUUUGAUAUUAUAGAAACUAAGGAAAAUUACCCUCUUAGUCUGAAGUUUGGCCGUGCCCGAGCCACUACAAAUGAGAAGAUAGUAUUAGCUAGUAUGUUCUACCCACUGUUUGCCCUUGCCAGCCAGCUGAGCCCUGUGCCCAAGUGCUCAGGCAUUGAGUCACUCACAGCAGACACAUUCAAACUCUCCUGCUUCCAGACAUUGACAGGUGUUAAGUUCAUCAUAGUGACAGACCCCAUGAUGCAGGGCGCAGAAGUUGUACUAAAGAGAAUCUAUGAGUUGUAUUCAGAUUAUGCGCUCAAGAACCCCUUCUACUCACUAGAGAUGCCCAUCAGAUGUGAACUGUUUGACACCUCUCUACACACACUGCUGGAGCUGGUGGAGAAGUCAGGCACUGCCAAUCUAUAAUUACACUCAUAGUAGUCAUAGUUAAUAUAUUAUACUAAGUGUUAAUUGUAAUUAUGAUUAUUAAAACUAUUUAUUGAUA